CGAUGCGCGGUUUAGUUGUUUUGUCUUUCUUCCUUUUUCCACCGUGAUCUUUAUCACCAUGCAGGAAGUCGCGUGGCGCCGCGGGAAGCUGGGUCUCCUGAUCUUCGUGUGCGAAGCAGCCUUUAUCAUCAUUUUCGGCUGUCUUGUGGAUUAUGGCUGGGAAGGGACGCCGCCGUCGCGUCGACAGGCACAGUUCGGCCGCGGCAGUGUGGAGGAACAGUAUCUGGCGAAAUUGAAUCACUCUAAUAUCACCUUUAAUCCGGCGCUAGAGAAAUGGAUCGGCCGCGAGGCGCUGCUCCGCUCCAUGGUGCCCAAGUCGCCGGCUGAAGGAGCUCGCUAUUACACCAUGUUCCAAGAUGUCCACGUCAUGGUUUUCAUUGGAUUUGGCUUCCUGAUGACAUGUCUGAAGAAAUACGGAUACAGCGCAGUGGGCAUGACAUUCCUGGUGGCUGCCUUCGUUUUGCAGUGGGGCACUAUUCUGCGUGGAUUUUACCGUCUCGCGGAAAACAGCUGGAGAAUUAAUCUGGAUUUUAUAUCAAUUAUCAGUGCGGAAUUCACGGCCGCCACUGUACUCAUUACAUUGGGUGUGGUUCUGGGAAAACUGAGUCCCAUCCAGUACGUCAUUAUGCUGAUGAUCGAGACCGUCCUGGUCACGGUCAACGAGUGGAUCUGCUACGAUCUCUUAUUAAUAAAGGACGCUGGUGGCACCAUCGUCAUCCAUCUGUUUGGCGCCUACUUCGGUCUAGCAUUGUCCCGCACGAUGCACCGCCGCCAGUUCGCCGAUCCGCACUUCAACGACCUGAAAGAGAUGAGCCGCUUCUCUGAUCUGUUCUCCAUGGUAGGGACGCUGUUCCUCUGGCUGUUCUGGCCGAGUUUCAACGCGGUGAUGGCCAUGGAUGACGGGCGAUACCGGGCGGUGUAUAACACGUAUUUUGCCAUUGCGGCCAGUUGUCUGGGCGCGUUCAUGGUGUCCACGUUCGUCAAACAUGAAAAAUUCUGCCCGGAAAUUAUUCAGAAUUCCACCCUCGCGGGCGGCGUUGUGGUGGGCGCGGUGUGCGAUAUGUACUUAUAUCCGUUCGGUGCAUUAAUCUGCGGGUUCUUCAUCGGAUGCAUUUCCGCUCUGGGAUACCAUUUCGGUUCGCCGAUUCUCGAUAGAAAACUUGGCAUCCACGACUCCGUCGGCGUCCACAACCUGCACGCAAUCCCGGCAUUUGUUGGCGGCCUGAUUAGUGCGAUUGUUGCCGGGUGUGCGACGCCGGAAGUUUAUGGCACCUCAUUUUACGGGCAGUUUCCCGGUCAAGUACCCAUGGAAAACACACCAGAAUAUAAAGAACUUCUUAAAACCAACGCCAACCUGAAACCAGGCUAUGGAUGGUCGGCCAGUAUGCAGGGCGGUUACCAGCUAGCCGGGAUGGCGGUCACGCUGGCAAUCGCCAUUGGUGGCGGGAUUUUUACAGGUUUAAUCCUGAGGAUACCGCUAUGGAACCGUCCGACAAUGUACGAGGUGCUGGAUGAUAAACCGUACUGGGAGAUGCCGUCCAAACUACACCGCGACGAUGAAGCGGCACUGCGCGAACGGCUCGAUCGUCAGGAGAAGGGCCUUCCUACGGAAACAAAUGUCCACUUUUCCAAUGGGAAAUCAGCUGCUCAUGGCGCUAUACAGAAUGCCGAAGCAAAUGCUUCCCACGCACACUUGAUAUGACCGUCGUCCAUCGGUCGGAUAGGACAAUUUGGGCUGAAUCGAGGAACUCGCAAGGAACGCAGCACACACGCAAGAUCACAUUUCACUGGCGAACACUGCACAUUAAAGUCUACUUUAUUUGGGCGAACUUGUUCAGGCAAUUUAUUAAACUCAAAUCUAACUGAAACGUUGAAACUCUUUAUAGUAGCCCAUAGCCUGAGCUGAAACAGUACUUUCCUUACAUGUGUAUUGCGAGAUUCGCACACAGACAAAACGCAUGAAUUUUCUUCAUGUGGAAUGCCGGCAAUCAGGCGUCCAGUAUAGUGAUAGAGACCGUCACCCGGCAGCAGUUUUGAGUAAUCUAUGCAGAUAUUGAUGCUAGACACGUGCCAGGUAUCUGCUGAAUUAUACAUUACACAUGACGGCUG